AUGGUUGUCAUGGACCGGCUAACGGAUAAGCCGGACUGGCAACGCAAGAUAUUUGAUGACUCCAUUGUGGAAAAAUGGAAACGGGAAGCCAUCAACUUGCCAUUGCAGCCAUUCUGGGAGGAGCUUGCGGAACAAGCACCCGAUAAUUGGCGCGCCGAUUUUGCAGCCCCUAGGCCUGAGCGGAUGUUUACAGAGGAGAUGUUUGACUACUGUGUAAUGGAGCUUCGCGACAAGGCUCGAUAUGCCGAGAGCUCAGGCGUGGGCGUCGUUCGGACACUCGAGGGUUACGCGAGAGCGGCUAAAUCGGACACCGUAGUCGGCGCGGAGCUCCGAAAGGACUUGAUCGACGCCUUCGAUACGCUGACAGAGCACCAGGCCGACACGCCAGAUUGGCAUCCCGGAAGCGACGAGAUGGUGCGAAAUCUGGUCCACCCUUCCAUGUACCCCCUCGUUUGGGGACGUAGCCACAUCAUCCGGGAGCCGGUGGUGGGCGUGGAAGAUGCCGUCGACCCUAAGUGGUUGGGCAAGGGGCAGCCCUACGAAGCUGACAUGACGAGACGAAAGGGUAAUGGGCUGUAUGAGUACAAGGGCCAUGACGGUUGCUGGAGCAAAACGUAUCAAUGGCUCCCCUCAAACGUCGCGUUUAGGGAUGACGGCGGUGUCCGGUUCACAAGUUACAUCAACAACCUCCACCCCACGAGGUACCCCGAGAUAUACCGCACACUCGAGAAGCUUGUCGAGUGCGCUCUCCCCAUAUGGGAUCAGUGCCUGUUCAGGUACUGGACGCAUGGCGUAUGCCGGACCGCAGACCCCGAAUUUAACCAGUUCGACGACUAUGACAAAGAGAGCGAGAAUUUUGCCGACGACCGAUUGUUCCAGCUCUUUCGAAAAGCAAAGCACCCGCAGCCUCUCCCCUACAAGCCCCGAGACUACAACAUCGAAGAAAAGGACACCCUGCGCGGACAGUUCAGGGACUCGGGCCUCCAAAUCAUCGUCAAGAUGGCCAGCAUCGAGCUCACGCCGGAGAAGCCUACGUACCCGGGCGGCAACUGGCACCUCGAAGGCCAGCUCAACGAACACAUUGUCGGCACGGCGCUGUACUACCUCGACGCCGACAACGUGACGCCCAGCCGCCUCAGCUUCCGCAAGGCGACGGACGGCGACUCCCCGGACCUCCGGGAUGCCGUCGGGCAGGACUCGUUCAGCUGGGCGGAGGAGGUGUACGCCAUGUUCCUGCGCGACGGGUUCCCCGUGCAGAGCCACGGCAGCGUCGUGACGGCGCCCGGGCGGCUGCUGGCGUUUCCCAACGUGCUGCAGCACCGUGUGGAGCCGUUUGGGCUUGAGGAUGAGACGAGGCCGGGGCGGCGCCGGUUCGUGGCGCUGUGGCUCGUUGAUCCGCAUUUUGAGAUUGUGAGCACGGCCAACGUUGCGCCGCAGCAGGGGGCGAUCAUGGCUGAGAGGUCGAUCUCGCACGAGAAGAUGGAGCGGGAGCUGAUGCAGCAGGGUUAUUGCUUUUGCGAGCACUAA